AUGUGUGUAUUUGUGCGUGUGUUUCUAUGUUGACGGAGUCAGUUGUGGUCAAACGUGUUAGGGUUUAAUCUUCCCUGAGCAGUGAAGGUGCUUCUACCAUAUAAAGCAGUCUGUGUGCCCUUUGCUCAAGCCAGACUGUUAUCAGCUGUUGAGCAGGCUGUGACACUCCGCUCCCCGGCAGCACUGAGGGGUCCACAGCGCCCACACGGCAACGGCACAGUCGAGCGAAGGAGACGGGGACACACGCUGAGCUGGUCUGAAGACUGAGCAGGGAAUGGCUGACGGGGGCCUGAUCGACGAGCUGAUCGAACUCACAGCUCAGAGCCUGAGCAACCUGGAGAUCCAGGAGCACUUUAACGUCAUCAAGGAGAUCGGCCGCGGGAAAUACGGCAAGGUGCUGCUGGUCACCCAUCGCUGCAGGGGUACCCCCAUGGCCCUGAAGGUGAUGCCCAAAGCCUCCACCAAGCUGCAGGGCUUCCUCAGGGAGUACUGCAUCUCCCUCCACCUCUCCUGCCACCCCUGCAUCGUGGGGCUCUUCGGCAUAGCCUUCCAGUCCAAGGAGCACUACGGCUUCGCCCAGGAGCUGGUGAUCGGGAAGGACCUGUUCGCCGUCAUCCAGCCGCGGGUGGGCAUCCCUGAGGGUGCGGUGAAGCGCUGCGCCCUGCAGAUCGCCAGCGCCCUGGAGUUCAUCCACAGCCACGGCCUGGUGCACCGUGACAUCAAGCCGGAGAACAUCCUGCUGCUGGACCGCCACUGCCGCCGGGUGAAGCUGGCCGACUUCGGCCUGGCGCAGAAGCGGGGCACGCUGAUCCGCCUCAUCUCGGGCACGCUGCCGUACAUGGCCCCGGAGCUGUGCGCCGUGGCGGCCGAGGCCGGCGAGGAGGCCCCCCGGGCCCCGCCCCUCAGCGUGGAGCCCAGCCUGGACACCUGGGCCUUCGGUGUGCUCCUCUUCUGCAUCCUCACCGGCUUCUUCCCCUGGGAGCGCUGCACCGCCUCCGACGACUUCUACCAGGAGUUCGCCGACUGGUGCGGGGACCCCGCGACGGCCGACGUCCCAUCCCAGUGGCGCAGGUUCACCCCGGCCUGCAUGGAGAUGUUCAGCCGGCUCCUGGCGCUGGACGCGGGGGCGAGGUGCAGCGUGGGCGAGGUGGGGACCUACCUGGAUCGGGACUGGGUGAGGACAGUGGGCACCGGCGGACAGGCGGGGGAGAACGGCAAGGUCAACGCCACACACACCCUCAGCGUGACCCGGAGCAGUCCUGUGCACCAAAUGGUGGAGUGAAGCUCUCCCGGGAAGCCCGUCUGUUCGUCUAGCACAGCAAUAUUCUCCCUGGGUGCUCAUUUCGGUCUUAUUUCAAACUAAGGGUGAGGAGCUAUUCUCAGAAUGUCUCCAAAAGCUUAGAGGAGAGGGGUGUUUUUAACUAGCAGAGACUAGAGAAUAGCGGUCAUUUAACCCGAAGAGGUAAUCACGUGACCUGGACACAUUGUCCACCCGAGCAGAACCCUCAACCUCACACAACACAUGGAGGUUAGCUCUAGCGACCAUAGAGUAGCAAAAUGCCAUACAUUGAGAUGUGUGGGCAGCUGUCACAGUAAAAAAGUUCACAUACCUUAUGCCAGUAUAAAGCUGAUAACUACCUUAGAAGCCUGUUUAUGUUUUACGAACGUAUUGAAAUGUCAGAAGUCCACGCUAUGACAUGUCUCUAAGCUAGAGACAAUAGAGAUAAUAGUGACUGUUUAAAUAGCCAUGGCAAAGGAACAGCAUGCCCUCUGAAGUGCCGUCAUUGCUGUAUUGGUAUUAAUAGCACACAGGUAGUAACGGUAUGGUAAAACAUAACC